CAUGGCUUGUGGCACAUCGUCCCCAUGCGAAGCUGAUUCAUAUUUGGAAAUGAUCUGGCUGCAGGCAGAUAGUUUAGAACACCAUCUAUUAUGCAGAUUCCUGCCUCGUUUACUUGCCCAAUUAGAUCAUUAAAAUGCCUCCAGCAUUUGUGGCCUGCUCUUAUUUUGCAGCUUUUCUGAGGAAAACUCACCCUCUUUUCCUUGUCCCCAAAUUCCCUCCACCCUGGGGUUUCUGGAUGAGCUUUGGGAGAUGCAGAGAUUUGGAGCUGUUUGAAAAUGAUUCUGAUCAGAGGUUGCAAAAGAAGGUGGUGGCUUCACUUCAGACCUUCCUGUGCCACAUUUUUGUGGCUGCUUAACCCCGUAAUUCUGUGUAGACAUUAAAUUGCCCCUUGCAGGAGCUCAAAGCCCCACAGGGGCAGAGGUGUUUUGGGAGGUUUGAAAUCAGGAAGGCAUUAACUGUAAAUAUUUUUUUGCCUGGUGUGCUCCUCCCUGCAGAGUCCUUGAGCUUGGGCUCAGCUCCAAGAACCAGGUGCUGUGUCCUGAGCGUGGUGCAGACAGAGCAUGAAUUAUUGCAUAAAUCGGAGUCCUGUGGCCAGAGGAGAUUUCAGCAGCUGAGGAGGAGGGCGGGGAGUGGAGGACACGCUCUCUAAUUGAGGAUCAGAGCUCCUGGGCUCUGCCUCUCCAUCCACACAGCAGCUGCUCCCUGCCAGGCUCCACAGCAUCCCCUGCCCGGCCGUGUUGGGGCACAGGGAGCUCAGGGACCAGGGAUGGAUGUGAAGAGCACCCCGAGUUACCUGUACUGGCUCUUCUGCCAGUUCGAGCUGAUCACCUGCAGUUACCUGAUGGAGCCCUGGGAGAAGGUGCUCUUCUACUCCUUCAACCUGGCCAUGCUGGGGCUGCUGCUCUACACCACCUACGUCUGCCUGGCUUUCCACGCCAGCUCGGCCUUCCAGAUCCUCUGCAGCUUCCUGGGAAACCCACGGGAAAAUGCUCUUUCUGUGGUGAAGUAAAACCUCAGCAUCAAAGAGUUUCCUUAUCCCGUUUUUGUCCAGGAGCAGCAAACUCUGCUUUAUUCUCUGUGUUUUGCUCUGACAGCAAAUUGUUUUUGCUCCAAUCAAUCCGUGUUUUUACUAUUUGAUUCUUCAAGAGCUUUCAAUUUUAAUGACCCGCUGGAAUUACAGAGCUGGGAUUGGGACAGGAACAACUCUCCUGAAGAAUUUGUUAUUCCAAGGGGAAAGGAACAACCCCCCCUGCAGAUUUUGUUAUCCUAGGGGGAAGGAACAACCCCCCUGAAGAUUUUGUUAUUCCAGGGAAAGCUGCUUGGACAUGGGAAGUUUUCAUCUGAGAAAUGAGACAGAAUUUGUUUUUGUCUGCCAGAAGAGACGUGCACACAAAAAUCCUGGACGAGUGGGAGCUGCAUCCCUGAGCUUGCUGUGUUUUUAUGGAAUGAUUUCAGGAUUUAUUCAGUCUCCUUGAUUGUUUUAUACAAUGAAUUACUUGGCUGGCUCGUUAUCAUGAUGCAAACAAUGCCACUGAUUCAUGUGAGGAUGUGCUGCUGUGAAAAUUUCUGGUGAAAUUCUCAGAUUCUUGGGCUUUAUAAAAACAUAAUUUUUGGUUUACAUUAGAAGAUGAGUAAAUCACGUGCAUCAUAUAGAGAAUGUAACACUACAGAUUCACUUGUGGUAGGGUUUAAGCUGAAAAUAAACCCCUUAAAAUGUAAAAAUAUAAUGUCUCCUUUUUUCCUAACCCUUUAAUCCCUCCUUUUCACCUUUCACACUCUCCCUGUUGAG